AGAGAGAACAUGUCAGGAAACAGCCUGGUUUUACCCAUAGUGCUGUGGGGCCGUUCGGCGCCCACUCACUGCAUCUUCAGCCUGCCGGUCAUGGAUGACCUCACAACCAUCAUUACUGGCUGCCAUGACGGACAGAUCUGCAUCUGGGACAUGACCCCUGACCUCGAGAUCACUUCCAGGGCCAUGUUGUUCAUCCACACCGCCUCCAUCACCUGCCUGUCUAAAGCCUGCAGUGACAAGCAGUACAUCGUCAGCGCAUCGGAAAAGGACAGAGUGGUAGCAGUAUCAGUCACCGGGAUACUGAAGGUGUGGAUCAUCACACAGGAUGUCAGCAGGAUGCAGAUUGAGGAGUCUGGUGAGGGGGUAGACAUGGUGGUGCUGUGCCACCCUGCCAGCGAAGUAGACAUGGAGCUCUACACACCAGAGCUGCUAUUCCACCAGCCAAAAGAGGCACCAUUGCUCAUAUGUCCCUCGGUGACAUGGUUCUUCUAGAGCCGUCGGGAGCCCUUCCACAAGCUGCUGGUCCAGGGAGAUUCAGCAGGACGCCUCACCCUCUGGAGCAUCCCAGACACCUCGCCCCUGCGGUCUCUCUCCACUGCAGCAGAGCUCCAGCUGUCCUCCACCAUCUCCCUCCAGGAGGCCUUUGAUAAGCUGGUUCCUCUGUCGGCGGGCAUCAUAGACCAGCUGAGUGUGACGCCCGGGUCGGGGGGGCCCAUCAAGGUGACGGCCAGCGUAAACAUCCCCUCCCAGGGCAGGCUGGUGUGUGGCAGAGAGGACGGAAUCAUCAUCCUGGUCCCCGCCACACAGACCGCCAUCGUACAGCUUCUGCAGGAAGAACACAUGCUGCGUGGAGGCUGGCCCCCUCACCGUACCCUGCGGGGUCACCGUAACAAAGUGACGUGCCUGCUGCACCCCCACCAGGUGUCUCCUCGCUACGACCAGCGCUCCCUGGUCUCCGGCGGUGUGGACUUCAGCGUCAUCGUCUGGGACGUCUUCACUGGAGAGAUGAAACACAUCUUUUGUGUCCACGGAGGAGAGAUCACACAGAUCCUGAUACCUGAAGAUAGCUGCUCAAAUCGUGUUCAGAACUGUGUGUGCUCUGUGGCCAGUGACCACUCCGUGGGUCUGCUCAGCCUGCGGGAGAGGAAGUGCAUCAUGCUGGCGUCUCGACACCUCUUCCCCAUCCAGGUCAUCAAGUGGCGCCCCUGUGGUGACUUCCUGGUGGUGGGCUGCUCUGAUGGCUCAGUGUAUGUAUCGCAGAUGGACACAGGUUCGUUGGACCGUUGUGUGAUGGCCAUCACGGCUGUAGAGAUCCUGAAUGCGUGUGAAGAGGUGGUGCCGGCCGCUGUGGACUCUCUGAACCGCCCUGCGGUCAACCUGAAACAGGCCAUGACACGACGCAGCCUGGCUACGCUCAAGAACAUGGCCACGCACAAACUACAGACCCUGGCUACCAACCUACUGGCUGCAGACACCGCAGACAAGGGUAACCUGCAGAAGUACUCCAACAACAGUCUGUUGGUGCAGGCCAGGAAGACCAAUCUGACAGACCCUGACAUGCAUGUCCUGUUCUUGGACGUGGAGUCGGUGAUCAUCCAGCUGCUGACGGAGGAGGCCCAGCGGCCCAACCCCACCCUGGUCUCCCCUGAGACCCUCCAGAAGGCCCAGGGAGCAGCUGACAAGGUCUUCCAACAGGUGAAGGAGACAAUGAAGGAGACCAUUAAGGAGCAUCUCCUGGAUGAAGACGAGGAGGAAGAGGUCGUUAGCAUAGAGGCUAGAGAAACAGGCCAGAGACGGAAAGAGAAGUCUAAGUCUCUGUCUCUGUUGGAGUAUAACCUGACUAUGGACACGGCCAAACUGUUCAUGUCCUGUCUCCACGCUUGGGGCCUCAACGGACCACUGGACGAGGUGUGUCUGAGCAGACUGGGCAUGCUCAGACCCCACUGCCCAUUAUCUUUCGGUCUCAUAUCCCAUGGAGGACAGAUGUCUCUCAUGCUGCCCACCUUUACAGUCCCUGCUGCGUCAGAUGGCCCUGUCACAGGCAGGAAGUUGUCCCUGUCAGAGAUGGUGGGUAAAGGGACGUACAGAGUGUCCCGGGCCAUGACCACCCAGCACCUGCUCUCUGUCAUCUCAUUGGCUAACACCCUGAUGGGCAUGACCAAUGCCACCUUCGUGGGAGAACAUAUGAAGAAGGCACCUGUCAGGUACGCAGAAUGA